AUGGCAGAUUCUGAAUAUCCCAACAUCACGACUGUGGGAUCACCUGUUAAUACCAAGAAACAGCAAAAAAAUGAUGAUAAUGAAGAUGAAGGCGAUAAUGAGGCUAGUCAAUCUCUUAGAAACAGAACAG